ACCCUAUUGCAGCCAAUAUUUUCGAGUGGAAUACCGACAGGUGAUGCAUUUGCAGUUAUAAUCGGCGGCGGUAUUGCUGGUACUUCUGUCGCAUAUCAUCUUACUAAACGAAAUUUUCGCGACAUAAUUGUUCUUGAAAAAGAUAAAUUAGGUUCGGGAACAACAUUUCAUUCGCCGGGUCUUGUUAGUGCCGCUCAUCCAGCACAUCGUUUUAAACCUAUAUUAGCUAGGUCUGUUGAUUUGUAUUCGAGAUUAGAGGAGGAAACUGGAGAAAAAGUUGAAUUUUCUCGAUCAGGUACUCUUCGCUUGGCGACAAAUUCAACUCGUAUGAAUGAAUUCCGUCGAUAUGUCGCUCGAGAUUACUUUCAAAAAGGUGAUGUUUGUAAAACCUCACUAAUAGAUGCAAAUGAAGUUCAAAAGUUGACUAACAUAGUUGACACAUCAAAAGUGCUUGGUGCCUUAUAUACCACUGGUGAUGGCUAUGUAAAUACAGAAGCAUUAACACGUGCCUUAGCUAAAGGAGCAGAAGCUGGAGGAGCAAAAAUCAUCGAAAAUUGUUCAUCAUUUACUCUUACUGAACAGUCAAACGGAGAUUGGAUUGUUCGUUUCGAGAAUGGCUCAGAAAUUCGGACUAUAAAUAUCGUUAAUGCAGCCGGACUUUGGGCGGUGGAGGUGGCGAAAUUGACAAAUUAUGAUCUGCCACUAACAUUUGUCGAGCAUCAAUUUGUGGGAAAUCUGGAAUAUCUUCCAGCAAUAGUCGACCAUGAUAGUACAUUUUAUAUACGAAAAGAUGGUGAUCAUUUGUUUUUCGGUGGUUUUGAGCCUCGUGCUUCCGAUGUUGUUAUUAGAGAAGAUUGGCAUGAGGCAACUUUGGAACCAUGUUUCGAACGUUUAAGUGCAGCUUAUGGACGUGCCUGUGAAUUAAUACCAUGUUUAAAUGGAAGUCCUGUCGAUGCAAGGGCUUGUGGAGUAACAAUAACUGCUGAUGGUUAUCCGCUUGUGGGUCCAACAAACGAACGUCAAAAUUAUUGGCUUCAGGUUGGUUAUUUUGAUGGCAUAUCGAGUUGUGGUGGAAUGGGUAAAUAUCUGGCAGAUUGGAUAGUAGAUCGCGAACCACCUUCAGAACUUUUUGAUACAGAAGCAAGCAGGUUUAAUCGUUGGGCAACACGAAAAUUUAUCAAAGAAAAAUCUCAGGAAACAUAUUCUAUGUUUUAUAACUGGUCAUAUGUAAAUCGCUUGGCUGGACGACCAAGUGAACGUGUUAGUGGAAUUUAUGCUCGAUUGGCCAAACAAGGUGGUAUAUUCACUUUUCGGAAUGGAUGGGAGGUUGCUGAAACAUUUCCUGUGGAUGAUGAAUCCCCAGCUUCUGCAGUCAUUCGUGAAUAUCAGAUGGUUACAAAUAAAUGUGGUAUUACUGAUCUCUCGUGGAAAAGUAAAAUUGAGGUUCGUGGUGCAGAUUCUGUAGAUUUUUUAUAUCAUCUACUUACAAAUCAAGUACCGAAAUUGGGAACCAUAUCUUCUGGACUAAUGUUAACAACCAAUGGCAAUAUAUUAGCACCCUUAAAAGUUUUUCAUCAUGAUCAAUUUAGGACAGAAUUUAUCCUUUUAACUGAUCCAGAAAGAGAAUCUCGCGAUAUAGAUUGGAUGAAACGGGUAGCUGCUGAGCGUAGAGCAAACGUUGAUAUUUCGGCAGUUGGUGAAUAUCUGGCUUCAGUUGCAUUAGUUGGUCCUUGUAGCCGUGAAGUUUUACAAAAUUUGACGAUAACUGAUGUAUCAGACAAAAGCUUUGGUGAACGCUCUACUCGUCUUAUUAGAAUACAAAAUGUGCCUGUAUUAGCUGCACGAACUUCGACAACUAUGGGACAAUUAUCAUAUGAAUUUUUUCACAAUAAAGCAGGAAAACAAUUUGGUAUUGUCAAUUUUGGUCAAGCAACUCAUAAUAUGCUUAGAAUAGAACAUGGAUUCAAACUUUGGGGCAGAGAAUUGACUUUGGAUACGAAUCCUUUUGAAUGUGGCUUGGAGCACUUAGUGGAUAUUACAAAAAAAGAUUUCAUUGGUAGAAAUGCUCUUCUUAAAAUUAUUGAUACUAAAUGGAAGAGGCGUCUGGUCCUUAUUGCAUGUGACCCUUUGAAAGAUCUGAAAGAUUGGGCUUGCGUUCCUAAAGGAAUGGAAGUUAUUCGACGUAAAGGUGAAGAAGAGAGAAUUGGGCAAAUCACGUCAGGAACUUACAGUGUUCGUCUAAAUUGCCCUCUUGCUUUCGCUUGGAUCAAUUCUGAUGUUACGCUCAAUGAUGAGGUUUAUUUCGAAAGAUUACAUAGCUAUUUAUUUAUUAUAUUAGUAUUAUAUUUAUGCAAAACAGCUUUUAUCUUUCACUUCUUUUUCUAA